AUGGGCGUCGAGAAGAUCAUCCAUGAGCAAGGCCAGGGCGAUGCCGUCCAGAAGGGCCAAACCGUCACCAUUGCGUACACUGGCUGGGAGAGGGUCAAGGGAACAGCCGACAACGUCUGGGAGAAGGGCUCCAAGUUCGAUUCCUCGGUCGACCGCAACCAAGACUUCGUCGUUCCCGUAGGCGUUGGCAGGCUGAUUAAGGGCUGGGACGAGGGUAUCGUUGGCAUGAAGCCCGGCGAGAAGGCCACUCUCCACAUCACCCAGGGCAUCCCGGGAGUCAUUGGCGAGGAAGCCGAUCUCAUUUUCGACGUCAGCCUUAAGAGCUUCAAAUAG